AUGGAAUUUCCUCGCGAAACAGGGAUGGUGUUGGUUCCGACGCGGUUUGUCUGGCGCUAUGGUGGUAGAAUUGUGCAUAUCGUGGGUUCGUUUACAGGGUGGACACACUGGCCAAUGACGCCGGUUGAGGGUUGCUCUACUGUGUUUCAGACGAUUUGUAGCUUGCCGCCUGGUUUUCACCAGUACAAGUUUGUUGUUGAUGGUGAAUGGAGGCAUGAUGAGCACCAGCCUUUCAUUAGUAGUAGCAUUGGAACAGUGAACACUAUCCUUUUAACUAGGGAGUCUGAUUUUGUGCCUCCUGUGUUGAGCCCACAGGCGCCUCCCUCUGCUCCUGGUUGGAACAUGGAUGUUGACAAUGAUGCCUUCCAGCGCAAGGUUCGUGUGUCUGAUGGCCCAUCUCCUGAGGCCUUUCCGACAAUAUCAGAAGCAGAUUUAGAGAUAUCCAGGCACCGUGUUGCUGUAUUCUUGUCUUCACACAUGGCUUAUGAGUUGCUACCAGAAUCUGGAAAGGUUAUUGCUUUGGAUGUUGAAUUGCCUGUAAAACAAGCAUUUCAUAUUCUGCAUGAACAGGGUAUCUGUAUGGCGCCUUUGUGGAACUUCGCCAAGGGAAAAUUUGUUGGAGUUAUCAGUGCGCUGGACUUUAUUCUGAUUAUGAAAGAGCUUGGCAGUAACGGGUCGAAUUUGACCGAGGAGGAACUUGAGACACAUACUAUAUCUGCUUGGAAAGAAGCAAAGUCAUAUCUGAAUAGUCAGAUUGGUGGGCAAGGAUGUUCCAGACAACUCGUGCAAGCUGGACCGGAUGACAGUCUCAAGGAUAUUGCUCUGAAGAUUCUGCAAAAUGGUGUGGCCACUGUUCCCAUCCUUCAUUCAUCUGCACCAGAUGCCACAAACCCACAUCUCUUGCAUAUUGCUUCACUUUCUGGGAUAUUGAAAUGUAUUUGCCGCUUCUUUAAGCAUUCUCCGAGCUCAUUACCAAUACUGCAGUUUCCAAUAUUUGCAAUCCCAAUGGGGACUUGGGUUCCGAAAAUUGGGGAGGCAAAUCGGCGGCCACUGGCAAUGUUGAGACCAAGUUCUUCACUUAGUGCAGCUCUAAAUUUAUUAAUUCAAGCGCAAGUCAGUUCCAUCCCGAUUGUUGAUGACAAUGACUCUUUAUUGGAUGUUUAUUCUCGGAGUGACAUAACUGCUCUGGCGAAAGACAAAAUUUAUGCACACAUUAAUCUUGACGAAACAACUAUUCAUCAGGCGUUGCAGUACAGGGAUGACCCGUUUUCUAUGUACGGGUCCAAUAUCCAAAGAUGUUUCAUGUGCUUGCGUUCUGACCCUCUCCAUAAGGUUCUGGAGAGAUUAUCCCAGCCAGGGGUGAGAAGGAUUAUUGUCGUUGAAGCUGGAAGCAAGCAUGUAGAGGGAAUCAUUUCUGUAGGCGACGUUUUCCGGUUUCUCAUGGGCAGUUAA